AUGCUAGUCGGACCCUAUUUCUUACCUCCUCCUCUCUCCCUCCGUGACAGAGGCGCCUGCCUCUCGGACAGCUCCCUCUCGUCUCCGGGCUUCCAGACACCAUCACUACUGCCGAUUUUCCUACCCCGUUUUUCAUCACCCCUCUCCCUCUCUCCCUCCCUCUCUCCCACGUGGCCCCUGCCCUCUCUGGACGACAUCUUCUCAGCCCAGCUCCCUCUCGUCUCCGGCUUCCAAGACACCAUCACUGCUGCCUGGCAACCACGCAGUAAUCUAGUGCUAAUUCAGACUUCCAUGCUCUCUUUUCCCUCCCAGGUGGCGCCUGCCCUCUCUGGACGACAUCUUCUCAGCCCAGCUCCCUCUCGUCUCCGCUUUCAACACGUCAUCACUUCAGCCUUGCAAGCAGGCAGUGUGGCGCCUGCCUCUCUGGAAGACAUCUUCUCAGGCCAGCUCCCUCUGGUCUCCGGCUUUCAAGACGUCAUCACUUCAGCCUUGCAACCACCCUCCACCACACCUGCUGCCAAUUCCACCCCGCUCCCCGCUCCCACGACGCUCGGCUCCCGCUACCAGCCAACCGUCGCCGGCCAUUUCCACGUACGAGUUUGUCCGGUCUGCCAUCCAGCAGUUCGGAGCCCCAUCCGCCUUCCCAAUGAGUCUGGAUUAGAUCCGAGACUCGGUCGUCCACCCCAAUCCUCACCACAAGCAGCAGCAGCAGCAGAAGCAACAGGGUCUGCUGAAAUCAGUGCAGAAAAUGCUGACACUGGUAGCAGUGGCAGGGAGGAGCAGCUCAGUCAGGCGGUAAUGAGUGGUACUGACAGUGGCACUGGUGCCUCUGGCAGCAGUUCAAGCAGCAGCAGCAACAGUGAAUCCGCCCCUGCUGCUGCUUCUUCUGGUGAGUUUGAUCUGGGCUCUGCUGCAUCAGCUGCAGCAGGAGGGUUGCUGGAGGGGGCAGCAGGCGUAGUGGCAGGGAGGAUAGAGCAGCGGCGAGCGGAGCUGAGGAGAAGCCUCACAGACAUGGGCAUCACCCUGCCCUGGUACGACCAGAAGAACGGGCAAGGGGCAGACGGACAGAGCAGCAUUUCUGAUGCAGCGGCAGCAGCAGGCGAUUUUCUGGAGGGGGCUACGAGUGCGUUGGUGGGGCGGAUAGAGCAGCGGCGAGCAGAGCUGAGGAAAAGCCUUGUGGACCUUGGGAUUAACCUGCCCUGGUACGACCAGAGCAGCGGGCAAGGGGCAGAUGGGCAAGGGACAGACAGGCAGGCAAGCCCCACUACAGAUGUCACUGCUUCCCAAGAGCCGUCCUCUUUCUCCUCCUCCCUGGAUGAUCUUCGCAAGGCUGCUUUCCGGCAGACUGAGGGGUGCUGGGUCGCUCGCCCUGCUUGGCAGCACAGCUGGCAGCCUACCAUUGGUCGAGGGGGAGAAGAAGAGUGUAGGAGCAGCUAA